AUGGCGAACGGCAUGGAACCCCCAGAGCUUCUCGCAGUCGCUACUUUAACCGCUUACCGUGAUGCUUUCAAAGCCGGCAUCGAUGCUGGCCGCGCCCACCGUUUCACUAUCCCCUACCACUUCAUCCCGGGAUAUGUCAUUCCCAUCCUCUACAUGUCGAUCCCGCAUGUCCGCCGCCCUUGGUUGUACCGCUGCCGCUGGCUGGUUGUCAUCCUCGUUGUCGGCUUUAACGCCAACUUGGUACGGAACACAUCCAGUACCAACGUCGCCUUGGCUUAUGCCGCCGGCCUUUGGGGUUACUGGAGCAUCAUGCACAACCUCACCAUGCUCGUCUGGUCUCGUCCGCAGUCUGAGGCUGAGAGGGUCGCUAGACGGAGGAGGGAGAAGCAAGAACCCCAACCCACUGGAACCACUCAUUCCGGCUCGCGCUCUCGGGAUCAGGCAACUGCGCCAGGCUCAGAUACCAAGCAGUUUGAGUAUUACUGGCAAGCUUUUCCGGUGGAUGGUACCUUUCUGGAACGUCUUGAGUGGGCUUUCGACCUAUAUUCCACCUUUCGAGGCGCAGGGUGGAACUGGGCCGUCCCGAACAUACCAAGUCCGCAACGCCCGGAAAAGCCCCUCUCAGGCGAGCUUGUCAAGAUGGACACCAUCCCCCUGAAAACUCGCACCGGCUACGCCACCUACCCUACCGUCAGAGACUUCGUCCGCACCAAAGUCAUGGCCUGCGUUUACGCCUACGUGGUGCUCGACGUGCUCAAGGUCCUCAUGAUGAGGGACCCCUGGUGGAUCCUCGGCCCCGGCCAUCUCCUCGACCAAGUCCCGUUGCCGCCCUACCUGGACGCCAUCCCCACCUGGUUCCUGGGGGUAAGCCGCAGCCUCAUGAUGCUCCUGGGCAUGCACGCCGCCAUCGUCGGCCUCUUCUCCCUCCACGACCUCCUGCAGUACUACAUCACCAGCUGCGUGUACCCGCUCCGCGCCGAGCUGUGGCGCUACUCCUCCGUCUUCGGCUCCCUCGACCUCGUCCUGGACCGCGGCCUCGCCGGCUUCUGGGGCGCCUGCUGGCACCAGACCUUCCGCGCCCCCUUCGCCGGCCCGGGCACCUGGCUCUCUUCCCGCGCCGGCCACCACCUCUUCCCGCCGCGUUCGUCCGCCGCCAAGGCCGCCACCGCCUUCUUCGCCUUCUUCCAGUCCGGCAUCCUCCACGGCUGCGGGAGCCGGACCUCCCUCGGCCCCGCCGACCCCCUGUAUCCCAUGCUCUUCUUCCUGCUCUCCGGCGCGGGCAUCCUGCUCCAGCGCGCCGCCUGCGUCGCGUUCCGCGCUUGGAUCGAUCCCCUCCCCCGGCGGCUGCGCCGCGCCGGAAACCUGGCCUACGUCGUCCUGUGGCUGCACUUCACUUCCUGGCCGCUCGCGGCUGAUCUCGCCCACGCCGGCAUUUGGCUCCUUGAGCCUGUGCCGCUGUCUUUCGUCCGAGCCUUGGGGUUCGGCCAGGUCGACCACGCCCUGUGGCGGAUUGACGACGAUACUACCGCACACUGGAGAAAGGGGAACCAUUGGUGGCAGAGCGGGCUAAGUUGA